GGCCAUGUCGAGCGCAUUCGAGUCCAAGCCGCUGCUGGCCAAGCCCACCGACACGUUCGUGCUGAAGCGGGAGCUCGGGCCCUACGUCUCGCUCGCGCUGCAGAUGGCGCUCGCCAACGUCGCACGCAUCGCGCUCAUCUCGAUCGACUCGGCCUUUCUCGGGCACCUCGGUACGGACGCGCUCGCCGGCUCGUCGCUCGCGACGAUUUGGACCCAAGUGCCGCUCAACUGCGUCUGGGCCAUGGCCUCGGCCCUCAUUACGCUCUGCGGCCAAGCGUACGGCGCCAAGAACUUCAACCUCAUGGGCAUUUGGUUCAAAUGGCGCUCUGCCUUGUGAGCGUGCUCAUGGUGCCAGUCUUUGUGUGGUACUGGACGCUCGACGUCGUUCUCUCGCGCGCGACGGACGACGUCACGAUCAUUGCGCUCGGUCUCCGCUUUGCGCGGCUCUUGUCCUUCUCGAUCUGGCCGAGCCUCGUGUACGUCUGCAUGCGCCAGUACCUCCAGGCCAUGAACCUCGUGGCACCAACGACGAUCAUUGGCACCAUGUCGAUUGUGAUUGCCGUCGUGGCCAACUGGCUGCUCAUCUACGGUGCGGGUGACUGGGACGGUCUUGGCUUUGACGGCUCGGCGCUCGCCACCGUCGUCGCCUCGUGGUUCCAACCGAUCGCGCUGUACCUCUAUGCGUUCGCCUACCGCGGCUACCACAAGCAGGCGUGGGGCGGCUGGCAGCUGUCGGCCUUCACGAAGGACCGGUGGAUGACAUUUCUGCGCAUGGCACUACCCCUCGGUCUCAACGACGGCUUUACGACGCUUGCCAACUCGUGCAUGUCGCUCAUCGCUGCGCAGCUCGGUGCUGAGAUCCUCGCGUCGAAUGCGAUCUUGCUCACGCUCUGGACGCUGGUCUGGGCGCUCUUCUGGGGCAUUGCGUGCUCGACCCAAGUCAAGGUCGCCAACCAACUCGGCGCCGGUCACCCGAAAGCAGCCCGUGCGUCGAGCCAGCUCGGUUUCUGCGCCAUCAUUGUCACGGCCGUGCUCGUGGCUGCGGUGACGUACGUGGCCCACACGCCGAUUCUGAGCAUCUACACGAGCGACGCCGUCUUGAUCGAGCACUGCGUCUCGGUGCUGCCGCUUUUUGUGCUGGGCUUUGGCCUCGACGCGAUCGAGAUUACGAUCACGGCGGUUCUCGAAGGCAUGGGGCAGAUGCCGUUUGUGUCGAUGGUGUCGUUCGUCGCCAUGUGGCUUGUCCAGCUCCCGAUGAGCUACGUGCUCGCGAUCCAUUUUGGCUUUGGCUUUGCGGGGCUCUGGUAUGGCAUUUGCCUCACGGCCGGCUUCAAGAUGGUCGUGCUCGCCAUCAAGUACGUCACGAUCGAUUGGGACCUCAUGGCGCUCCACGCGAUGGAGACGGUCGAAGCCACGGACGACUGGACCAUGUCGGCGACGUGCGCGAUUGCGUCGCCCGCCAACGCGCUCUUGACGUCGCAGUCGCCCGGCUUUCACCGCAACACGCCGACGAACGCCAAGUCCGAGGCGUAGAUAUAGAUCUUCUCUCCGUGCCGUACAACUCCUAGUUGUACAUAGUAAUACAUU